AUGACCAGCCAGUCAGAGCAUGUGAAGCGUCGCGGCGCUCUUAUUGUCGUGGAGGGACUAGACCGCGCGGGCAAAUCGAGCCAGUGCGAGAUGCUACGAGACUAUCUCUCAAGUCAAGGGAAGACAGUGAAAUACAUCCGAUUUCCAGACAGAACAACUCCCAUUGGGCAGCUCAUAAAUAGCUAUUUACAGGGUUCAACCAACCAGGAUGACCAUUCCAUCCAUCUUCUUUUCUCGGCGAACCGCUGGGAAAUUGCUAAGAGCAUUGAACAAGAUAUUGCGAGUGGAACCACUGUUAUCGUGGACCGAUACUCUUACUCCGGUGCUGUUUACUCGGCUGCCAAAGCCAACCCCACACUCUCCUUGGAGUGGGCAUGGCAACCUGAGAUUGGCUUGCCUCAUCCGGAUAUCUGCCUUUUCCUCAGUAUCUCGGCUGCAGAGGCUGCGAAACGCGGUGGCUAUGGCGCAGAGCGGUAUGAGAAUGAGACUAUGCAGACACGUGUGCGGGAGCUGUUCCGCAUCUUGUUUGAUCGACAGGAGGAUAUCCGCGUAAUUGAUGCUGAAAAAUCACUGGCCGAAGUGUCACAAGAAAUCCAAAAUGUUGUUUCGGGUUGUAUCUCAAACCUCGACGCGAUCGGGCCUUUGAGGACACUGGGUCCUCUUGCCAACUAG